AUGCGUAGUAGCAGCAAUAACGGAAAGGCCCCUUCUGUAGAUGGUAAUGGAGGAAAGAGUAAUCAAUGGACACAGCUCCAUCUUUUAUUAUUGGUGACACGGGAAAGUGGACAUCAGACAGAAAAACAGAAAAAGAUUGAAUAUAAAGGAGGAGAGAAAGAGACGUUCAAACUGACCUUGUCUGUGAAAUGGGUAUUACGCUGGAACGUAUGCUCAGUCCGAUUAAAGAUAUUGAUAAUGGAAGCAGCAGCAGUACCAUCUCGAAUAGUUCUCAUGGGAACUUCAAAAAUAUCCUUAAAUGAAAGGUUUUCCCAAAUUCCGGCACCUAAAUUACGACACAGCGUUACUCCAAUAAGAAGUUACAACGGUGGUAAUACUGAACACAGCUAUCGUGAACCGCUUAUAAGUAGGCGUCCGUUGUAUAUCGGUGAUAUCGAAUUACCAAAUGAAUAUGAUGCAAUUGAGGAAGAUAGUAUAGAAGCGACGGCAAAUUAUGUCGAACAAGUCCGUAUUAUCCCAAAACACAAGUUGGGAAUUUACCAAAGUCCUCGUUUUGCUCGUAUUCCAGUUCGUAAUCGUAUCAGUUUUCCGCAUUGGCACAGUAGAUUUAAUUAUGGUUUCGUGCGCAAGGUUAACAUUGACAGGCCUCGUCCUUUUGGUUCGUUGCGAUAUGCGAGCAGAAACACGCGCUUUACACGAAAUGGUUUCAGCCGCAUACUUUGGCGUUCAAACACUAUAUUGCCACGGAAUCGUGCUUUUCAUGGUCGUUUUAUUGGUAAUUUAUCCAAUAGUAAUUUUAGCCGCGCUAAGCGGUCAGUCAUAACAAAGGAAGAAUUGGAUAAGGAACUCGAUGAAUACAUGAAAAAAGGAAAACAUCCACAGAUUGACGUUUCUGAUCUCAAAUAA